UUUCCUCAGCCAGUCAGCAGUUCAAGGAAACGCGCACUUUUGUUCCAGGUUGUAAUUCGAGUGUUCUUCUGUAGGCUACCUAUACGGUUUCAGUAUGGACUUUUUCGUAAGAUCUUAAAGGGUCAAUAAUAGUUCAAUCAAUCAUGAUACUGAGGACUGUAAGUGGCGUUCUUACAGUUAGGAUUUUUCUAGCAAACAUGGUGUACACUCUGCCAUACACACCAGACUCAGACGGAUCCUGCCGCAACAAAACAGCUGAAUACUAUAACCCAGAUGUAAACCUGUGCUGCAGCAAGUGCACUUCUGGGACACGCCGGAAAGUUCUAUGCAGCUCUACCUCAGACACGGCGUGUGAACCAUGUCCUAGUGGCCAGUACAGCGGGACCUUUAAUUACUUCCCAAAAUGCUUCAGAUGUCCCAAGUGUUCAGCAGACAAAGGCCUGAAGUAUGUCCAGAAGUGCUCCAGCACCACCAAGACCCAGUGUGCGUGCCAGACUGGGAUGUACUGCGUACUGGACCAACACCCGGACUGUAAGGCGUGUGCCAGUUAUACAUACAGCAAGCCUGGUCAUGGGGUCUCUGUAGAAGGUACCACAGCUGGACAGGAGGCUGGGACAGCGGAGUCGGUUGUGGAAUGUGCAUCAUGCCCCAAUGGAACCUUCUCUGACCAGCACUCCAACACCAGGAUCUGUCAGCACCACACAGAUUGUGUGUCUCAGGGGAGGGACGUACUGACUUACGGUACAGCCACCACCGAUGCGGUGUGUGGACCGACGGUAAAUGGACGACUGGUCUCUAUCCUCCAAACCACCACACCUCCAAGCCCACCGACCACAAUGCCAACCUCUGGUAAAGUGCAUACCACAUCAAGUCUACAGAGCAUGGAUAUGUCUACAGUACCAACCACCCUGGGCUCAAAGCUGACAUCUAGUCCCUCUGAUCCACUGGUCAUCGCUCCAAUGGAAGACAAAUCACCAGGCGUCGACCUUUGGAUAGGUAAAUACAGGCAGCUAUAUAGUCCACGUGUCAGAGACCACUCUCGUGGUUUGAACAUUUCUCCACCGCCGUCUCUCGUAUACUUACACCGCUUUGUUGUACCCCCGCUCUUGUAUCUUUCAGUUGCAGGUGCUAUCGGAGGUGUUAUGUUCCUGCUGCUGAUCAUAGGCACUAUCAUUUACAAGAAAGCCUUCACUAAGUUCAGACGUGUAUCUUCUACAGAAGAUAUAAAUGGAAAUUCUGAGAAGGAGGCCAUUAAAUGUCUGCUGGGGAAAGGAGACUGCAGUAAUGUCGGUCAGGCAGAGACCAAGCAGGAUGCUAUUAAGACCUGGUCAGGCUCUGGGUGCUCCAACAGCCUGGAGGGCCUGUCAAUAUGCCCCGUCCAGUCCACCCUUCCACAGCCCAGCAUCCUGGCCAGCACCCCCCAGCCCAGCCCCCAAUCCACCAGCCCUCUGGCAUCUGUCCCCCUAGUUAAUGUCAACAUCACUGUUACCUACCCUGUGAACAUAGGAAAUGAGUUAUGCUCCAGACCUACCAGCACCCAGAUAGACUCACCACAAGCCGACCCCGAGACCCCUUUAUCAAGGGAGGAGGAGGUGUAUGUGAAAAUGCCGCAGCGAGAGAGUUGCAAAGAGGCACUUACGGCAGUACAGGAGUUUGGAAAUUAUGUAUGAGGACUGGAGGCAUAUGGGGGAGGAUCAGGCAAUAGAUUGUGUUUUAGUGAUGUUAUUUUCACUGUGACUGUUGUCUCUGUUAUGGUUGCUACUUGAAGUACUGGUGGUGACUUUGUGUUGGUAGAGAGGGACAGAAUGACUGUUCAUGUGCCUCAGGUAGGAUUUCCCAAACUUUGCACAAUUUGCAUAAGUUAUACCCAGGGAGGGUACCCGAGUUUGGGAAACCCUGGUAUAUACCCUGAUAUAAUGUGCUGUCUGUGCUGAAAAGUCUUGAACACCUGAUUUAGAUAGUCAUUAACUGUUUGAAGAAUUAUUGAUAAGUGAAUGAUGUAUGCAAUUACUGUGAAUGUUGUUGUAAGUAUACUGUAGAUGUGACACGGCUCAAGGUAUCCCGAAAUCUUUUAUCAUAAGUAGGCAAUAACCUUCCCUACACAUGCCAUACUUUUGGGGGAAUUCAUUAUGGCCUGUGCCAUAUGAGAAGAUUUCAUUUGUAUUCUUAUGAGGGAAGAGCGUACCUAUACUUUCCAGAGUAAGGGUUCUUUGUCUCUUUUUGUAAUCAAACUGAAAUGGUAGACUAAAUGAAACUGCUUUGUUUGUUGUUGUUUUUGGCCUACACCUGUUGAACCGUGUGCAGAUCAUGAGUAAUACAUUCUCAACAUCAGCGCAAUAAGAAGUUAAGAAUGAUGGAUGAGACAUUUUUGUAUGAAGGGUAUUGUUUUUCUCUAAUACUAUCACCACCUACUGGUGGAACAAAUAUAUAUAUAUAUAUUUAUUUUUUUACAGUUUAUGCACAUAAUAUGAUUUAGUAUUAUCCAGCAACUAUAUUUGGAUUAUUAGAGUGGCCUACAGUAAAAAAAAAAAUAAUAAUAAAAAAAAGUAAUAAAAAGGUUGAAAAAGUU